AUGGCGGUGGCCGCCGCUCUCUCCCUCCUGCUCCUCCUCGUCCUCACCGGAGGUGAGCUGAGACCCACCCACUACCGCCACUCCCGCUUCUGAAGUCUCCCACUAACUGGUUGUUUGUUUGUUUCUCCCUCUUCUCAGGUGCCGCCGCCGGUCUGGGCGUGAACUACGGCAGACUGGGGAGCAAGCUACCGCCGCCGGCCGCGGUGGCGCGCUUCCUCGCCGAGAGCACCGUCUUCGACCACGUGAAGCUCUUCGACUGCGACGCUACCACGGUGGCGGCCUUCGCCGGCACGGGUAUCGCCGUGGACGUCGCCAUAGCCAACGAGCUCAUCCCCAACCUCACCGAUCUCGCCUUCGCCCAGCGGUGGGUCGCAGAUAACGUCCUGCCCCACGCCGCCACCACCCACAUCGCCCGCGUCCUCGUCGGCAACGAGGUCGCCUCCGCCGGCGACCGGUCCCUCGCCGCCGCCCUCGUGAUGGCCAUGCAGAACCUCCACACGGCGCUCGCCGGCGCCGCCCUACAGGACCGGGUCAAAGUCUCCUCCCCGCAUUCCAUGGCGGUGUUGACCUCCUCGUCGCCCCCGUCGACGGGGAGGUUCCGACAGGGCUACAACGGCGCCGAGGUCGUCGGGCCUCUGCUGAGCUUCCUAAGGUCAACAGGGUCGCCCUUCAUGGUCAACGCCUACCCCUUCUUCGGGUUCUCCCCCGAGACGCUGGACUUGGCACUGUUCCGGGAGAGCCCCGGGGUGGUUGACCCCGCCACGGGGUUGACCUACACGAACAUGCUGGACGCACAGCUGGACGCCGUGUUCUCCGCCAUGGCGGCGCUUGGCUUCGCCGACGUGGAGAUCGCGGUGGCGGAGUCCGGGUGGCCGUCGGCUGGGGAGCCGUGGGAGGUCGGCGCUGGCGUGGAAAACGCGCGGCAGUACAACGGUAACUUCCUCCGGCGAGUCUCCUCCGGUGCCGGCACGCCGCUGAUGCCCAACAGGACCUUUGAGGCCUUUGUCUUCUCCCUCUUCAACGAGGAUCUCAAGCCCGGGCCGGCCUCCGAGAGGAACUACGGCCUCUUCUUGCCGGACUUCUCCCCCGUCUACGACGUCGGAGUGGUGCUGCGGCCGCCGGCGACAGCGGCGCCGCUGCCGAUGAGGGCGGCGUCGUGGUGCUUGCCGAAGCCGAACACGGACGAGAAGUCUCUGCAGGAGAACAUUGAUUUUGUCUGUGGAAGGGGGGGCAUGGAGUGCAUGGCUAUUCGGCCCGGCGGCGCCUGCUUCUUGCCUGAUACUCUCCAAGCCCACGCUGCCUUCGCCAUGAACGCCUUCUACCAGGCGGCCGCACACAGUCCCUCCGCCUGCGACUUUGGCCAGACCGGGCUCGUCACUCUGGAAGACCCAAGUACCCAUCUCUCUCUCUCUCUCUCUCUGUCUCGCUAUCCUCCUGUUCCUCUCUUUCCCUCUCUCUCCCCCCAUCUCUCUGUAUUUCUCUCCCUCUCUCUAUCCCCCUCUUCCUCUCUCUUUCUCUCUCUCCCUCUCUCUCUCUCUCUCUCCCCUCUCUCUCUCUCAUUCUCUCUCCCCUUCUCUUUCCCUCUCCCUCUCUUUCUCUCUCUCCCUCUCUCCCCCCCUCUCCCCCUCCCCCUUUCUCUCUCUACCCCUCUCUCUUUUCUCUUUCUCUUUCCUCCUUUCUGUUCCUCUUUCUCUCUUCCCCCCUCCCCUUCCUCCUUCUCUCUCCCUCUCUCUCUCUCCAUUGCUAAUCUGGUACAACUCUCUGCGCAGGCUACGGAAGCUGCAAGUAUGGGGCCUGA